AGCCCAUCUCGGCUUUGUCAAGAAGCAGCGCACGACCGUCGCAGGCAAUGGCUGAAGAGGAGGGAAGCUGGGAUUCCACCUUGGAUGAGUGGCUCAUCAGCGAGGGCUUCUGCUAUUCCGCUGGAAUGGCUCAGCUGGAGGAUGGAGCUUUCUACGCAGCAGCGCCAGAGAAGGACGAGGCUGGAUGGGGUUUCAUCUACAAGGAAGACCACGAGCAGAUGAUCACUCAGGAAGACAUGACAGAAAAGAAAAUGACCAUCACUGAGGCAACUUCCUUGAAGUAUGUUGCCGACAAUCUGAAGGCUCCUCCGACUGGACUGUGGCUGGGUGGUCAGAAGUACUCGGUCACGCGUGUUGAGAAAGAAUUCCAGGUCAACGAAACGACGUUCACUUACAUCUUUGCGAACAGGCCUAAGAAGGGCGUUGCGAUCGGCAUCACCAACUCCCAGAUCAUUUGUGCGUUUUACGACGAGGAGAAGGGUCAAACGGCCGGCAAUUGCACCAAGGUGCUGGCGGCGUUCGCUGAAUGGAUGAAGAACACAGGCUACUGAGGCUUGCGCUGUCGCACGUCAGUGAGAUGGUGGGAUAUGGAGCUGUCAAACAAGCCACUGCAGACUGGCUACCAAGAGAAUCGUUUGACUGUGGUACGUGCCCUAACAGACGUUUCCAUUCUGAAAUCACCGCUUCUCCCCAUUGGCAUGGUUGUGAAAGAGAUGAACGUGCAGAUGAACAAUUGAUUUCGAGCAAUGUCGGCGGAUUUUUCUACACUCCGCUGGCAUCUCGGCAUGGUGAGUGGCCGCUGUCCCUGCUGGUUUCGUCAGUGCCUACAUUCGGUGCUGUGAGAACUCGGUUGCAUUGGCGUAGCGGGCAGGAGCUGCUUAGCCGGCACGGCACCUGUGUUUACGCUGACAUGUAAACUGUGCAAGCACUUAGCGUUGCUUGAUUGCUUGAAACACACUGAGCUCUUGCUCAAGGCCAAUCAGGU